AUGACGAACCUGCUAAAACCAACUGAUCCAGAAAAAGCCCGUGAACAUCAAGAGUAUAUCACUCGAAUACACGAGCACCCAAUCUUCUCAUUCUGCAACUCUACCAGAUAUGUUAUUAUGGUACUGUCAAUAAUAUGUUUGGCGUGGUUGAUGGGCAAUUCCCUCGUUCUCAACUUCACGAUCAUUUGCAUGUCUGAUGAUGGUGGGACCGUGAACGGAACCAAUGGAACAUCGGGUGGUUUAUAUCACUACACUCACUCACAACAAUCAUGGCUAUUCGCCAUUGUCGCGAUCGGCUCAAUCGCUGGAACUUAUCCGGUGAUGUUCCUCGAAACGAGAGCUACCCUCAGGUUCACAUUCGAGGGUCUUACGUUGUUCGAGGAUAUUGAAAGACCACAGAAUUUCUUUCCGUUUGUUCUCCCAUUGAUCAUCACAAAUCUUGGUGAACCAGGACGUUCCUUUUCAGAAAAAUGUUCACACUGUUCGGAUUGA